UGUGUCACACCCCCUUUCUCUGACUGGUACAAGGAGGGUUAAAUAUAAGACCGAGAUAACAGCAGAGAGGCAUCUCGCUUUCUGCACUAAGCAAGACAUUCAUUCAAACAGAACCUCAGACUUUGAAAAGCACCGCAGCAGUCAUGGCGCAAGCUCUGGACAUUGAGCGCUGGAACCCGGAGUGCUUGUUCAACAACACGGACCAUCGCACCGACCUCAACGGAGUGGAUCGGCUCAUCGUCCGGAGAGGCCAGCCGUUCACCAUCAGCCUGUACCUUCGGUCUGGGAGCUACCAGCCGGGCAUCAGCUCUCUUGACUGCAUCGCAGAAACAGGUCCUCAGCCCUCUGAGCAGUAUGGCACCAGGGCCCGUUUUGGUCUCUCUUCUAGCAUCGACACUUCCACCUGGAGCGCUACGGUAACCAGCCCCCCUGGAGACAUGGUGGCCCUGUCCAUCUGCUCGUCUCCCAAAGCUCCUAUUGGACGCUACACCCUUACCCUGGGCCAAUCAGAGAAGAUUGAGUUCAUUCUUCUGUUUAAUCCCUGGUGUCCAGCGGAUGCAGUGUAUAUGGACAACGAGCAGAAUCUGGCAGAGUAUGUGCUUUCUCAGGAUGGGAUCAUCUUUCGAGGCAGCAGCAAACACAUCAUACCCACUCCCUGGAACUUUGGCCAGUUCGAAAGUGGAAUCCUGGAUAUUUGUCUGAGGAUUCUGGACAUGAAUCCCAAAUGUUUAAGAAAUCCUGGAAAAGACUACUCAGGGAGAAGGAACCCUAUCUAUGUAACUCGAGUGCUAAGUGCCAUGGUGAAUUGCAAUGAUGAUAAAGGAGUAUUGCUGGGAAACUGGACAGAUGGAUACGAGGGAGGGGUCAGUCCCUUGUUUUGGCGUGGCAGCGUGGAGAUUCUGCGAAAUUGGGACACUCAGUCCUGUCAGCCUGUUCGUUACGGACAAUGCUGGGUGUUUGCUGCCGUGGCCUGCUCCGUUUCCAGAGCAUUGGGCAUUCCUUGCCGAGUCAUAACCAACUAUCUGUCUGCCCACGACACCAAUAGCAACCUGGUGAUUGAGCAUUAUGUCAAUGAAAACGGGGAACUCAUUCAGUCCAGAGACAUGAUCUGGAAUUAUCACUGCUGGGUGGAAAGCUGGAUGACCAGACCUGACCUCAAGCCUGAUUUUGACGGGUGGCAGGCUAGUGACCCCACUCCCCAGGAGAAGAGUGAAGGAGUGUAUUGCUGCGGCCCCAUCCCUCUCAGGGCCAUCAAGGAGGGAGAGCUUACGUUCAAGUACGACGCCCCGUUUGUUUUCGCUGAAGUCAACGCUGAUGUUGUCACAAUGAUGAAGAAAAAGGAUGGCAGCACUUCAAAAGUUACCACAAUCGGACUGGUGGGCCAGAUGAUCAGCACCAAGAGCGUUGGCAGUGACAGCAGAGAGGACAUCACUCACCUCUACAAGUACCCUGAAGGAUCUGAUGAAGAGCGCGAAGCAUUCACGAAAGCCAACCACCAAAACAAGCUUCUCCAACAGAACCCAGACCCGGGUCUUCACGUCACCAUCAAAGUUACGCCCGACAUGAGGAAGGGCUGCGACUUUGACGUGUUUGCUGUUGUCACUAACCACACAGAGGGAGAGAAGAAGUGCCGCCUGGUGUUUGGGUCCUGCGCUGUGUCCUACAAUGGGUUUUUGGGGGGAAAUUGUGGUUUCAAAGACCUGCUGAAUGUUCAGCUCCCUCCAGGUGCAGAGAGGCGAGUUCCGCUAAGGCUGAAUUACUCAAAGUAUGGGGGCCAAGUCACAGAGGACAACUUAAUUCGCCUGGCAGCUUUACUGCAUGACUACUCCACAGGACAGGCCAAGCUGGCGAUGAGAAACAUCGUACUGGACAAUCCUGAAAUCAAAGUCAGAGUGA